GUGCGGAGAGAACGCAUCUCUCAGUGUGCGAUAAUAUCCUAUUGAUAAGAGAGACCAGAGCUAGCCGGUCGUCCGUGUCAGCUGGUCGGAAAAGCGAGUGCCGAGAGGCCGUGCGGGUAUUGAAAAUCGUCCGAAAAAUCUCAAGUGCCAUCCAAGUCCAUUAAAUGAUCGCCCAGGACCAAGAUGAACCGACGAAGAAGGUGGAGACGCAUCUUCGCCAAAGGAACACAGAAGCCCUUCGAAGGGAAGCGACGCAAGAAGUCAACGGAACGGCGUACUUGGAGGAGGACAUUAUGCGAGGAAUGACCGUGGAGAGCAUCCGGGAGAGAAUGAGAGAGGUCCAACACGAGAUGGAAAGAGUCAACGAUAGCAUGAACGAUAUGGUCUCGGAAGUGAUGCAGAGGUUGGAAGCUGCGGGUCUAGGAAAGGCUAACAAGCACUUCGACUCUUCGGAAUCGUCCCUGAAUAAACGUUCCAGCAAACUGCCGGACAAGGUCUUCGUCAGGAGGAACUCGCUGCUGAACGACCUCUUCAAGAUCAAGCACUUCCAGACGAUAUACAAUAUAUUUCUAGUGAUCCUCAUCAUUCUGUUUACUAACAUCGCGGUGUACGACAUCAUGCACACAGGCUCGACGAAUCUCGGCCUUGCCACUAUCAGACGAGGUUUUGGAAAAUUCUCCACUGCGUUGUUCAUUUCCUUCCUGAUGACCUUGGCUUCCUUCAUGGUCUACAUCGGGUUCAGCCUCUGGGCCCAUCAUCGUGUUGGGUUGUCGCCGAAAUCCCACGUCCUUAAAAUCUGGGACUACGGAGCCGUGGCGUCGAUGAUCCUGUUCCAAGUGGUCUUCAUCAUCCUGCCCCUGAAGGCGAUAUUCGUCGAAGACCUGCCCGAAGUCUCCAGUAUAAUCGUCCUCAUGGAACAAGUGCGUCUGUUGAUGAAGAAUCACGCCUUCGUCCGCGGCAACGUGCCCAGAGUCCUGGCCUACAAACUGCACAGCGAGAAGUCCGAAGAACUAUGUCCAGGAUUUUCCAAGUUCCUGUACUUCAUGUUCGCCCCGACGUUGAUCUAUCGGGACAAUUAUCCUCGGACGAAGGAGAUCAAGUGGAGGUCCGUCGUGUGGUACGCGAUGGAGGUCAUCAUGAUCGUCUUCUACGUGGCCUUCAUAUUCGAGCGAUUCCUGGUGCCGGCCUUCCAGGAGUUCGGGAUAAAGCCUCUGGAGAGGCGAACCGUGAUACUCAGCAUCCUGGGGAACAUGAUGCCAGGGAUCCUGGUGCUGAUGUGCGGCUUUUACUUGUUGCUCCACUCUUGGAUGAACGGCGCCGCUGAACUUCUGCGUUUCGGGGACCGGAUGUUCUAUUCGGACUGGUGGAACUCCACAUCUUACGGGGGAUUCUAUCGAUCCUGGAACAUCGUGGUCUAUGACUGGUUGUACACUUACAUCUACAAGGACAUGUACGAGAACGUUACGGCCCAGAACAAAGUGAUCUCCAGCGCGACGGUGUUCGCGGUGUCGGCCAUUUUCCACGAGUACAUCCUGGCCUUCGGGUUCAGGUUCUUCUACCCAGCCCUGAUGGUCUCAUUUGGACUGAUCAGCUUCCUCUUCGUCCUGCUGACGAAGAAGCAGAGGAACACUGCCGGCAACAUCUUCAUUUGGUUGACCCUGUGCGUGGGAGCUGGCUGUCUGCUUAGUGGAUAUUCCUUAGAAUACUACGCCAGGGUAAAUUGUCCACCUUACGAGGACCCCAUCCUUGACCUCUUCAUCCCAAGAAGCUUGAUCUGCAACGGGUUCUCCACGGCACCCUGAAGAGUCUCGCCUCGGUUCGCGUUACUCUCCCACGUGAACGAUAUUGCAAGUCGAUUCCCAGCAGAACGCACCACGCUGGGAAAAAUCUCCCCUUACAAACAUCCUGCAGGACGAUGUAACGAACAACUUUUGUUCGGCUAAAUUUCUCAUGCUCCACACGGUUGUUCUUGAAAUCGAUAUUGUUUAAGGCUCUCCGUCGACGCGUCGAACGUGUCCGAAGAUCUAGAGCCGCCAUGAGAAGCACAGGAAAUAUUCUUUAAUGUACAUAAAAAGUCAGUUGUUAUUAAAAAAAGAAAUCAAUUUAUUUGUCAAGUCUCGCGAACGUCUUUUCUUACGCUUAACCGUAGAUACAGUAAAAUUAUACACAUUAUUUAUGUAUAUAUAUAUAUAUAUCUCUCUUCUCUAUACAAAUUAACUUAUUACAUUUCAUAUGCACUCCCUCGCACGUAUGUAUGUACAGGCAAGUAUAUAUACAUGUACGUAUGUAUAUGCAUAUGUAUAACUCUGCCUGGUCCGGCCUCGAGGCGAAAAAUCGAGCCUGGGGUCAGAAGACGAGGAAACCUCCGGGUCGAUUUCCGCUGAACGGAACGCCGGAUAGAAAAGAUCGUUGACUGUUAUCAAAAAGGAGAAAAAAAAAUAAAAAUAAAAAGAAAGAAAGAUGGCGAGGGUCGACUAAACGCAGGGGAAGUCUUCGCGAAGCUGCGUCCCACUGGAAUCUGAAACUGCAUAAUCCUAACAAUAAGAAUAAACGGCCGCGGCUCGAUUGACCUUCCUUUCGCAGGAAAGUUCGGAAUUUGUACUAAAUAAAUGAGAAUCGCGCGAGUCGAGGCGAUUCCUCAUCCGUACGUUGAAAGGCAGAGAUCCUCCUGGUCCAGACGAGACCGACGACGCGAAAAGAAACGACUCCCCGAGAAGGUGCCCUCGGACAUCCGAUAAAUAAUAGUUCAUUCCCGCGCGUAAUGGGCAGUACUCGGAAAUAAACGUAUCUGGACAAAGUG